AUGCUUGCAAGUUUAAAAGAUGCGUUGCAUUGUAUAUUACUACCUAAUCUUAUUUAUUUUGCAUUUUUAAGAUAUCAAUUAAGUAUCGAAAUGAUUGAACAAAUGAAUGAUGAAAACAUACGCCUAGCCAAUUUGUGCAGCACACGCAUGGGACGAACGCAACAAAUGUGUAAUGAGCGUGCUGAAGCUUUGUUAGCAUGUUACAAUAAUUUGAAGUUACUGAAGCAAACAUUCGUAGAACUGGACGAUUUGAAUUGUAAAAUCAUCAAAUUGAGUCGAUUCUGUUCACAAACAGAAAGAGCACUAACGCAUUUGGAGGGACUGCAAAUUGUUGCUGAUACCGAAGGAGAAAUUUCUGUGAUGAAAGAUGGUCUUAAAAAGGAAAAAGCAAAGACCCAUAAUUUUUUGAAUGCAGUUCCAGAUGUUUAUGAUUUUUCAGUGGCACUGAAUCAAAGUUUGUUGAUCUUCAGUAGUAUUGAGCUAUUUUUAUACACUUAA